AUAAAGAUGCUCAACGUCUCGGCUCCGUGGUGCCUUCGUAUCGGCGAAACUGAUUUAUCCUGAAAGGAAAACAAGAGCAGAACUCAAUAUAGGAUUUUAACGCACCUUCCACAACCCAUUAAACUCAAAGUGUAUCAUAAAUCAAUUCCAGCUAUGGAAUUGAAGAAAUCCAUUUCUGAUACCGAGCGCUCAUUGAAGAGCUACGGCUCUGUAUCGGAAACGGAAUGGACAAAAGACAAAGGUCAGUCAGAUGUGUCCAUGGCGGAGAGCAUCAUGUCUCCAGAUGAGAUUGAAGUGGAGAUGGCUCGCAUCCAGCGCCUCAGGGAGGUGCUGGUAAGGAGGGAGUCCGAACUGCGCUUUAUGGCGGAUGACAUCCAACUCUGCAAAGACAUCAUGAGUCUGAAACAGGAGCUGAGGAAGGUGGUAACUGUACCAGAGAAAGAGAAGACCAAGAAACAGAGACAGUGGGAGGAGGAGUUGAUCCUGAAAAUCCAUAAACUGGUGCAGAAGAGGGAUUUCCUAGUGGACGAUGCAGAGGUGGAGAGAUUAAGGGAGCAGGAGGAGGACAAGGAGAUGGCUGAGUUCCUGAGACAGAAGCUGAUGCCUCUGGAGAAGCUGGCCAGAGAAGCUGCCCAAAAUCCCCAGAAGCCCAAGAGACUCCCUGGUCCUCCGCCCAGCAAGCCGUCCGUCAUCAAGUCCAUCACCAUCAUCAAGGACUGCUGCGGAGCCACCCAGUGUUGUAUCAUGUAACCGUGGUUACAGAGGAGUGGAGGACAGUACACUCUCCCAUUCACAGCACCACCCUAGUAAACAACAACACAGUCACACUGUACAUCUGUCACCUGACCUGGUCUCUUGGUGUCAUAUCACCUAUCGUUACAUCAUUUCCUGUGAUCCAGAGAACCCUGGUGCAACAUGGACGCCCAUAUAGAGGUGAUAGAUGGACAGGCCUGGCCACAUGUAAAUAAUGGAAUAACAGAAAUGUAAAUGAAAUAUGUGGCACUAUAUAAUGUUAAAAGGCAAUUGGAAAUGGAAUAUAUGGGACGUGUACAGUAUUGUAAGCAAUACACCAAUUUAUAUUGAUUUAGGGACUCAUUACAUCCCUCUUGAAACAUUCUUCAGAGAUCAAUAAUGACAUAUAUUCCUCAGAUUUAUAAGCACAACGUCCCAUACCCAACCACAAACGCAUCAUACCAAGGUUCUCUGUCCACCAGGAAAUGGCAUCAUGACUUAAUUGUUAUUGACUUUGUCAUUUUGAAUAACGGGUAUUUACUGGAUGCUUCCAUUCCAACCCUUUAACGGAACAACUAGAACUCCUCUCAGACUUGGGACUGUAUGCUUACCAGGGUGGGGUCAAUUCCAUUCCAACCCUUUAACGGAACAACUAGAACUCCUCUCAGACUUAGGACUGUAUGCUUACCAGGGUGGGGUCAAUUCCAUUCCAACCCUUUAACAGAACAACUAGAACUCCUCUCAGACUUAGGACUGUAUGCUUACCAGGGUGGGGUCAAUUCCUUUCCAACCCUUUAACGGAACAACUAGAACUCCUCUCAGACUUGGGACUGUAUGCUUACCAGGGUGGGGUCAAUUCCAUUCCAACCCUUUAACGGAACAACUAGAACUCCUCUCAGACUUAGGACUGUAUGCUUACCAGGGUGGGGUCAAUUCCAUUCCAACCCUUUAACGGAACAACUAGAACUCCUCUCAGACUUAGGACUGUAUGCUUACCAGGGUGGGGUCAAUUCCAUUCCAAUCCAGUCAAUUACUUACCGAAUUACCAGAUUUGAAAAUGAAUUGAUCCAACCCUGAUGCUUGCUCUGGAACUGUAGAUUAUGAAACACUUCACUCACUGCAGUACAUUUUCUAUCCCUUUAUUGUAAAAGUAUACUUCCUAUAUAAACAGUAUUGCUGAACACAGUUGCUAUGAUACCAUUUAUAUUGGCAAGCUGCAACAAUCGCAUGAUUGAGUUAUUUUGUUUUUCUAUGAUGUACAUUAACGUAUCAAUAACCAGCCAGUAUACACACGCAUUUAUGUUGCUAAGGCAAAGUCAGCCUUACAACUGGUCAUUCUUAUCUUCACCAAAACAUACUGGUAGUUAUUACCAUGGUAUCACUACAAUAUUAUUCAUGAUUACAAUGAAUAAGUAUAGCAAAGGAAAACAAUUAGCGUCAUACUACGAGUCUUGCAAUUUCUACGGCAAAACAAGAAGAGGUGAAUGCAAUUAUUUAUUUGUACAUGCCUUUGUUAAGAUUCUGGAAAAGAAAGUGUUUGUUGGAAUCUACUGUUUGUAGAAGAUUAGGGAGUCCUGUUCAACAAAGUGACCCUCUACCUUUGGGUAGAUCUCGGAAGUAUUUUUCUUGACUCAUCAAGUCCUUCUCCUUGCUUCCAUCGGAGGUUUUGAGAAGCAAAGAAUUGAGGAAAACACUGAGACUCAUCCCUUAACUUUGUUCUGUAGUAUAUUAGUGAUGCUUUAAUGUCCAAAUUGAACAAUAUGCAUAAAAUGAGCCGAAAUUACCUGUACAUAUACAGUACCAGUCAAAAGUUUAGACACACCUACUCAAAAGUUUUAUUUUUAUUUGUACUAUUUUCUACAUUGUAGAAUAAUAGCGAAGACAUCAUACCUAUGACAUAACACAUAUGGAGUCAUGUAGUAACCAAAAAACAAUUAUUAAAUCAAAAUACACUGCUCACAAAAAUAAAGGGAACACUUAAACAACACAAUGUAACUCCAAGUCAAUCACACUUCUAUGAAAUCAAACUGUCCACUUAGGAAGCAACACUGAUUGACAAUAGAUUUCACAUGCUGUUGUGCAAAUGGAAUAGACAACAGGUGGAAAUUAUAGGAAAUUAGCAAGACACCCCCAAUAAAGGAGUGGUUCUGCAGGUGGUGACCACAGACCACUUCUCAGUUUCUAUGCUUCCUGGCUGAUGUUUUGGUCACUUUUGAAUGCUGGCGGUGCUUUCACUCUAGUGGUAGCAUGAGACGGAGUCUACAACCCACACAAGUGGCUCAGGUAGUGCAGCUCAUCCAGGAUGGCACAUCAAUGCGAGCUGUGGCAAGAAGGUUUGCUGUGUCUGUCAGCGUAGUGUCCAGAGCAUGGAGGCGCUACCAGGAAACAGGCCAGUACAUCAGGAGACGUGGAGGAGGCCGUAGGAGGGCAACAACCCAGCAGCAGGACCGCUACCUCCGCCUUUGUGCAUGGAGGAGCACUGCCAGAGCCCUGCAAAAUGACCUCCAGCAGGCCACAAAUGUGCAUGUGUCUGCUCAAAUGGCCAGAAACAGACUCCAUGAGGGUGGUAUGAGGGCCCGACAUCCACAGGUGGGGGUUGUGCUUAAAGCCCAACACCGUGCAGUACGUUUUUCAUUUGACAGAGAACACCAAGAUUGGCAAAUUCGCCACUGGCACCCUGUGCUCUUCACAGAUGAAAGCAGGUUCACA